AUGACUCAUAAGCAUCUAAGGAUUAUCAGAUUAACACCAUUAAACGGCAANGAGAAAUAUUUUGGGCUACAAGGUAUACAUUUCCAAAAUCCUUCCUUCGGACGCAGACAACAGACCCGGAAUGAAUGUAUUGCGCCGGUGUUAUCACAAAGUCACAAUGAAUACUCGAACCCCCUCUCCGAAUUACCACCGAGGAUACUUACACAAGGACUUGGACAGAAGAAAGUGAUAGAAGUUGAAAAUUCUGAUCAUUCCGAAAGCGAAAUGGAGGACACAGAUCACUCGCACAAAACACAUUUGAUAUGUUAAUAAUAAAAAAAAUAAAUCCAUUAGUAAUCAGUAUUUAUUGUUGCCGGAGUAUAUGUAAUACCGGAAUGGGAACAUUUUAUAUAAAUUCAGUUCGUUGCGAAACUUACGGCAAGUGUGAUAUUUAUUCACAUUAUUUAUAAUAAGUAAAAACCACAUUGCACGUGAUAAUCAGAUAAAUGUUUAUUGUAUCACGCAGGGUGGAGAAUUGAAAACAUAAAUUUAUUAUCGUGUGAGAAACCAGAUAAAAGAAUUUAUAUCAUAUUUUAACAUGUACAAUGUCUUAUGUAUACAAUCAUCAGGUUAAGGUAUUAUACUUGUACAUUAUUAUAUUAUACAUACAAGUAUACUUGUGCGUUAAAUAUUUAUCAUGUCGGGAUAUUUGUACACGUGAAAAGUAUUAGUCUCGAAGAACAUUAACGUCCUCCAUUGAAUUUAUUUGUUGUGUACAGUUAGUCCUUUUCAUGUGAUAUUGUUAUUAUUAUUAUUACUGUUAUUAUUAUAUAAUAUAUUUGUACACUUAAUGUACUUUUGUACUAUGUGAAUUGCGAAACACUUUCUAUAUGUAAUGUGCGUAUUUUGUGUAUAUACCUGCGCACUACUCUACACGCAUGUCGAAUUGUAAUCAUAAACAAAUAAUUAUAUUUUUAUAUCAUAUUACAUUCGAAGAAGUCGCACCACCAAACCUAAUUACGCUUCACAUGUCUACAUGUACAUGAACCCUGAACAUGUUACCUUAUUUAGAAAAUUGUAUGCAGAUAGAUAUCUGCAUACAAUUUUUUGGUGAACCGAACUAUCACAGAAUUAUUAAUAAAGGCUUCUAUAUUUUCCAGAAAA